UGUUGUGUAACCUGGAGCUUGCCAGCUUCGCUGAUGCCCCGGGCCCAGACAAUUCACUAUGAGUCAGGCGGAGACAGCUUGCCUCGUUUCCCAUUCGUGACGUCAUUCUAGCUCGUGAGACCGGCCUCGCGUCAACUGCUGCAGGUGCCCCGUCAGGUUGUUUACUUACCACCCAGUUGUCUUUUCUACAUCUUCUGUAAUCAUGAGGGAAAUUGUCCACCUUCAAACUGGUCAGUGUGGAAACCAGAUCGGAGCUAAGUUCUGGGAGGUGAUCUCUGACGAACACGGCAUCGACCCCACCGGCACCUACCACGGAGACUCCGACCUCCAGUUGGAGAGAAUCAAUGUCUACUACAACGAAGCCACGGGUGGAAAGUAUGUUCCCCGUGCCGUCCUGGUCGAUCUGGAGCCCGGAACAAUGGACUCCGUCCGAUCUGGACCUUUUGGUCAGAUCUUCCGCCCAGACAACUUCGUCUUCGGCCAGAGCGGCGCCGGCAACAACUGGGCCAAGGGUCACUACACAGAGGGCGCCGAGCUGGUCGACUCCGUUCUCGAUGUUGUCCGGAAAGAAGCCGAGAGCUGUGACUGUCUUCAGGGCUUCCAACUGACCCACUCUCUGGGUGGCGGCACCGGGUCUGGCAUGGGCACCCUCCUCAUCAGCAAGAUCAGGGAGGAGUAUCCCGACAGGAUCAUGAACACCUUCUCCGUUGUACCAUCCCCCAAGGUGUCUGACACUGUGGUGGAGCCCUACAACGCCACCCUCUCCAUCCAUCAGCUGGUGGAGAACACGGACGAGACCUUCUGUAUAGACAACGAGGCUCUUUACGACAUCUGCUUCAGAACCCUGAAGCUGACCACACCUACCUACGGUGACCUUAACCAUCUGGUGUCAUCCGCCAUGUCCGGUGUGACCACCUGCCUGAGGUUCCCUGGUCAGUUGAACGCUGAUCUCCGUAAACUGGCGGUCAACAUGGUGCCCUUCCCCCGUCUCCACUUCUUCAUGCCCGGCUUCGCCCCUCUCACCUCCAGAGGAAGCCAGCAGUACCGUGCACUCACCGUGCCCGAACUCACCCAGCAGAUGUUCGAUUCCAAGAACAUGAUGGCUGCCUGUGAUCCCCGUCACGGUCGCUACCUGACAGUUGCCGCUAUUUUUAGAGGCCGCAUGUCCAUGAAGGAGGUCGAUGAACAGAUGCUCAACGUUCAGAACAAGAACAGCAGUUACUUCGUUGAAUGGAUCCCCAGCAACGUCAAGACCGCCGUCUGUGACAUCCCACCACGUGGUCUCAAGAUGUCUGCCACCUUCAUCGGCAACAGCACUGCCAUCCAGGAGCUCUUCAAGCGCAUAUCCGAGCAGUUCACUGCUAUGUUCCGUCGUAAGGCUUUCCUCCAUUGGUACACUGGCGAGGGCAUGGACGAGAUGGAGUUCACUGAGGCCGAGUCCAACAUGAACGACUUGGUGUCUGAGUACCAGCAGUACCAGGACGCCACCGCCGAGGAAGAGGGCGAGUUCGAUGAGGAAGAGGAAGAGGAACAGGAACAGGCUUAAAUGGAUGGUGAUAUCACAGACAAAUAAUUCCAUCUGGUAGUUUUCUGCAUAUUUUCAACAGUACUUCAGAACAGGAAUCUUUUAUCGUAGGCAUUUUGGAACAGUGUUUAACAACACAGCUUGACCAUUGUCAUCAUGGACACCAUGAACAUAACCCGGUGUAACAG